UUAUAGUCAAUGGACCAAAUAUAGCCAUAGAGCAACCACCAUUAUUCAGUGAUGAUUCUGAACAUCAACCAACAAACCCAGAUGAACCUGGCUGUUUGAGGGAUAAAAUGUUAAAACAACCUGAUUCUGAUAUUCAGGAUUUUUAUGAUCACAGUAAUAAAGACCAACUAUCUCAAUUCCCCACUGAGCCGCACUCUUGGUUUGGAGGAUUGUGGAGAUCACCAUUUGAUAGUCAUCAUCAACAACCUCAAGAAAAKAUGGACAAAGAUCUUGAUAGUGAAUUAGAAAGUGGCCAACAGAGCUUAGAUGAUAUCCUAUCCAAUCAACAAGAUAAAAAACUGAUACCCACAAUACCAAGAUCAUCAUCACAGUCUUAUUCAUGUAUAACCACGAUUGAUUCCCAUGGGAAUAGAGAAACUAAAACAACAAGAAARGAUUCUAGUGGAAGAGAAGAGAUAACUAUUACCAGGAAAAGUGGCAACAAGGAGCACACCAUUAAAACCUGGAAAAAUGAGGAUGGUUCAGAACAAACACAGGAAAAUAUAUUAAAUGUUGAUCCAGACUCAAGAGUUUCUUCACAAGACAGGUCUCCAUUGAGCUCUAUUUAUGAAAGUAUUAUCRAUCAGUUCUUUCCAAGAAGAUGAUAGUCUAAUGAUGCAUAAAGUCCAACUGGURUAGCAAUGUACCUCCAAGGGGAGGGACCUUCCCUAACCUUUCUAAGCUUCCUAAGAGCUGCUAAGCUUGCAGUGGUCUUCAAGAUAAAGAGCAUUAUUUUAAAAUUUGAUUUUAAAAUGCUGUGCAGUAGUUUCUCAGUGUAGCUUAAAAUGCAUUACAUUCUGCAAAUGUUAGAAAACAAUUUUUAUGGACUUGGUGCUGCAUCCACUCUAUCAUUUAUAAUCAAUUUUUCCCAUUGAAGUUUGUUACACCUAAAAGUCAGAAGCCAGAAUUUCUGAAAAUUGAACACCCUAAAAGAUCCCAAACCGUUUGUUUUCACCAAAAAAGACGAGGAUUAAAUUAUUCUGUUUCAAUUAAAAUCUGAAUGGCAAUGAAAAAUUAUUUAUACGCAGAACAUUCUACUUAGUGGUAGUAAAGUGAUGCCGUAAUGCUGACCCGUAAUGCUUAUCGCCUAUUGAUUUUGGUACWGGAUUCAAUCCCAGGGGAGAAUCCCUAAUAAAAAAGGGUGGGGUCCUCGUCGUCCCUUUUAGAGGKUGUCAAUGGGGUUAAUAGUUAACUGAUUUUUGGCUUAAAAAUUAGUAGUUAACUGACUUUUUAGCCAAAAAAUAGUAGUUAACUGACUAUUGAAAAUCGUAUAUUUAACUGACUUUCUUACUAACAUUUAAUUCAGGCGCGUAGAGUCCUUUACGCACACACUCACGUGUGUACUAGUGGGAAUGAAGUAUUAAAAUUUUCGGGAUUUGAUGACUUUUAUAUGCUCUCGAUGCCCCUAAAAACGCUGAAAAUCGCAUUUCCAACAGUUAUAUUUCAAAAUUUCCUGGGGGAGGAUCUCCGACCCCCUUUAUAAUACUCCCGCCCUCGGAGGUCGUAAGCCCCCCAAUCCAAAAUAUGUGUCACGGUACCGGCCAUAUUCGUAUUAGCCAGAAAGUCCACGCUGCGCGCUUGUAAUUGCGUCUUUUAAAAAUCUACUGUUCAACAGUUUUUUGGGUCUUUUAACUGGUCACUGUUUGAGUAGUCAAGCUCCGAUUUCACGAGCACACAGGCUAUCCUCACGAGCAUUGAACUUGUUGACCAGACAAUGGCAGGCUUUGUCAAGGUCAUCGUUGGUUUCUAUCAUACAAACUAUGUUUAAAAUCAGUGAAAUCUAUCAGAUAUUUGUCAAUACGAGUCAAUGGCGUUUGAUACUUGUGCAAAAACACAAAUAAAAUCGGGAAACCAAAACAAAA